AUGUCUCACCAAGUCAGACUGAGACUGCUGCCGAGCGCCAGGUGCUUUUUCGAUGAGCCUGUUCAGGUGAAGGUGUCUGGGCUGAGGUCCAGGCAGGUGGUCACCAUGAGAGCCAGAUCCUCUGAUGAGAAAGGAGUAGAGUUCAGCUCUUCAGCAACCUUCAUGGCUGAUGGUAACGGUGAGAUUGACCUGAACAGAGAUCCCUCACUCAGUAUGAGCUAUGUUGGAGUUGAACCCAUGGGUUUACUGAGGUCACUGAAGGCAGACACUGCCCACAAAUACUUCUAUAAGGAGAAAGUGUUCGAACCUUUCGUGGUGAACUUCUCUGUCUAUGAGGGGAACGGCAGGAUGCUUGCAAAGGCGACAAAUGAGAGGCUUCUGAUUGGACAUGGGGUCAGCCGAGUUCCUGUCGAAGAAGGGAAUGUUCAUGGAGUCCUGUUUACUCCUCCAGGAGACGGUCCAUUUCCUGCUGUGUUAGAUUUGUCCACCUUGAACUCUGAGAAAAGAGCCUGUCUGCUGGCCAACAAAGGCUUCGUAGUUCUUUCUGUUACUGUGAUCAGUGACAACCCUGCUAAAGUCAAACACAUCAACCUGGACCCUUUUGAAGAAGCCGUGCGUUUCUUACAUCGACUGCCUAAGGUGAUGAGCUGUGUUCAACUCGUUAAAUAA